CUAUUCUACGAACUCUGAACAUGUUCAUAUCUGAUAGCUCAUUUGUGUGAAGCCUUUUUUCAUGAAAAUGACCUACACCAAGUUUAUAUAUUUUUCUCAUAACCUUGUUACAUAUGACGGCUAUGUGCGCAAGAAUUACAACAUUUUGAUUUUUUUUGAAUUUUUUAAAAACAUUUGAACUUGAUUUCGACAGAUCACUUCAAAAAAUGUUUUUUCAAAAAAAAAACGCCCCUAUACCGAGUUUAUAUUUUUUUAUGGUAACUAGGUCUCAUAAACGGACGAACUACGUUUUUAUUAUAUUUUUGCAAUUUUUUCUAAUUUAGUUAUGGCCAUUUGAAAUCUGGUCAAACCCUAAUAACCCCGUUGACUGGCUCAUAACCCCGCAGAAAUGCUCCAAACCCUAGCGUCGAACGUCCGCUGUCGGAUCCUACCAAGCGCCAAACACCACCCGUCAGAUGUGGGGGCAGGCAUGCGCGAUCCGCGUGACGCAUCCUGAUUGGCUACUGCACUCCCUUUUACGAUCUGCCCCACUUUACGUAUGAAAUUAUAUGUUUCGCACAUGACCACCACAUGUCAGUGUUAUGAGUUGGUUCAAAUAUUCAAACUGCAAAAUACAAUGUGGCAAAUCGUCAAUAUAGCUUCCCCUUCUCCUCUUCUCCAUAUGACAGACAAAGGCAUCGAGCAGAUCUUGAGCAGUUCCUCUGUUUCUUUCCCCAUCUUCUCGUUCUUCUUCCUCUCGAGCAAUUCCUCUGUUUCUUCCUCUCCAGCGAUAUGUCGACCUCCUCGUCAGCCCCCCGUUCCACGUGGCCGGUGUAUGGUCCAGUGCCGAUGACUCGAUGCACUGACUGCCCACGGACUGCGCCACUGAAGCGGUUGACUUCAAAGGAGGAGAAGAAUGGGAACUUUGGGCGCGAGUUCGUCAAAUGCGAGAGCAAGCCGGAGGGGCAGAUCGUGAAGAAAUGCCACCAUUUCGAGUGGAUGGAUGAUUACAUCCAGAGGCUUCAAGGGUUGGGCUUGCUGGAUUCGAGGGGGGAUGCAAUCCGCGAGUUCAAUCUGCCCCAUGACAGUGCCGCUCCGGCAGCAGCAGCGCGUUUGGAAUACCCGACGGUGGUAGAUGUCGAACUGAAGACGGAAUUGAAGAAGAUGAACAAGAACUUCAAGCAGCUGAUUGAGUUGAAGAAGCAAUCCAAUCUGAUAGCUUUAGGAAUACUUGCUCUAGGAAUUUUUUACUUGAUGGCCAUCUCUCGUUAGCGAUGUUUGUCUACUGUUGUUGCCACUGUUUAGCAAUCCAAGUCUGUUUAUCUCAAAUGCAACUCUGUUUAGUGCAACUGUCGAUCUCUGAAUGUAUGCAGUUUAUUGUUAUGUUUCGACACUUUCAGUUUCGGCAGAAGACAACUACUAGUUCAGUGAUAGGAUUAUUUUGUUAGCUAAUAACCUCGAGUGUUGGAUCAUACCCUAGCUCGUCAGAUGACAGUAAGCAGUACUUGAGCAGCACAAGGGAUAUACAUCAAGUUCAUCUCUUCUCUCUCGCACUUGCCAAAAUUUUGUCCUCGAGUUCGUCAGUUCUGCUAGAAAAAAAACCUAGUUCGCGGGUCCAAAGAGAAUCAAGCUGCAAUAGGCCCACAAAGGAUAAAUGAGGCCCAGAAACAAGCGAUGUUUCUUUUUUUGUUUAGGAACGAUUGCUUUGUUC